AUGCCAUUCGGCAUUAAUGACUCGAUUCGAGCGGGAACUUGCAGAUCUCCGCUAGUCUCGCGAACGAACGAAUCUCGGCGGCCAACUCUCGUCACCGUCUCGUUCUCUUGUUCCAGAUACGACCUAGAAGCGGACAAGCUUUACUCCAUCACGUGGUACAAGGAUCACGAGGAAUUCUACAGAUACGUGCCUAGAGGGGAACCCAUGAAGCACAGCUAUCGCGUGGAGGGCGUUAAAGUUGACCACCGGCAGUCCAAUCACCAGCAGGUGCUGCUGCAGGACGUCAGCCUGCACAGCAGCGGACAAUACAAGUGCGAGGUGAGCGCGGAGGCACCAAGCUUCAACUCGGUCAGCGCAGAAGCCAGCAUGGAAGUCGUAGUUUUGCCGCAAGACGGGCCGUCGAUAACCGGCGAGGAGAAGGUCUACGCGACCGGCGACGUCCUUGGGAUGAACUGCACCAGCGGCAGUUCUUAUCCAGCCGCGAUCCUCAAAUGGUUCAUCAAUGGGGAGCAGGUGAAACCAGACACGGAAAUGGCGUUCGAGCAGCACGGACUCUACUCGGUGAUAUCCAGUUUACGACUGCAAUUGGAACCGGAUCACAUCGCCGGCGACAAAAUAAACGUCAGUGGAAGGACACGCCGGCCUCGCGACGCCUUCCGUCUGCCUGACACUGGCCAGCGCGCUACUUCUCAGACUACUGGCUGCGGUCUAGGAAAUAAAUACCACGUAACGAAGCCCACUCGUCGCGUGUGAAACGCGCGCGGCUGGCCGCGCUCGCGUCCACCACACCGACGCUGUUGCCACACGCCUGGACUCCUCCAUCGAAGACGACAGGAAGAAGAUUUAGCAAGAGGGAAACUCCAGAGAGAGGGA